GAACGGAGGGAACCAGCGCAGUGCCUAGCGGAACUCCAGGGCUGGAAUCCCGAGACACAAGUGCAUCUGCUAGCUGUUAGCACUUGGCAGACGGAGUUCUCCUCUAGGGUGGUUCUAACUUUGGGUAAUAAUGUUUGUCAGCUACCUGAUAUUAACACUGCUCCACGUUCAAACAGCAGUGUUAGCAAGACCUGGGGGAGAGAGCAUUGGCUGUGAUGACUACUUAGGCUCCGACAAAGUUGUGGACAAAUGCGGGGUGUGUGGAGGUGAUAACACAGGCUGUCAGGUUGUGUCAGGCGUGUUCAAGCAUGCCCUCACGAGCCUGGGCUACCACCGAGUUGUCGAGAUUCCCCAAGGAGCCACCAAAAUCAACAUCACCGAGAUGUACAAGAGCAACAACUAUUUGGCUUUGCGAAGUCGUUCUGGCCGCUCCAUCAUCAACGGGAACUGGGCAAUUGACCGGCCAGGAAAAUACGAAGGCGGAGGGACCAUGUUCACCUACAAGCGUCCAAAUGAGAUUUCGAGCACCGCUGGAGAAUCCUUUUUGGCCGAAGGCCCCACUAAUGAGAUCUUGGAUGUCUAUAUGAUACACCAGCAGCCUAAUCCGGGAGUCCACUAUGAGUACGUCAUCAUGGGGACCAACGCCAUCAGCCCCCAGGUGCCUCCUCACAGGAGACCAGGGGAGCCCUUCAACGGCCAGCUGGUAACAGAUGGGAGGAGCCAGGAGGAGCGAGAAGAGAAAGAGAGGACCGAGGAGAAGGAAGGAGAUGGUGGGGCGCCUGAAGUGUUCACCUCAGGAUCAGCGCAGGCCUUCCCAGUCAGGCAUCCCGAUGGAUUUUCUCCCCAUCGACCGGACGAUUUGGUGCCGGCGGCACCACAGUCCCCACGGCGAAGCCGGGACCACAACUGGAAGCAGCUCGGGACCACAGAAUGCUCAACGAGUUGUGGGAAAGGAUCGCAGUUCCCGAUUUUUCGCUGUGUACACAGAAACACCCACGAAGAGGUUCCCGAGAGCUACUGUGACUCCAGCAUGAAGCCGACCCCCGAGGAGGAACCCUGCAACAUCUUCCCUUGCCCAGCCUUCUGGGACAUCGGAGAGUGGUCUGAGUGCAGCAAGACCUGCGGCCUGGGCAUGCAGCAUCGCCAGGUUCUGUGCCGCCAGGUGUAUGCCAACCGCAGCCUGACGGUGCAGCCCUACCGCUGCCAGCACCUGGAGAAGCCCGAGACCACCAGCACCUGCCAGCUCAAGAUCUGCAGCGAGUGGCAGAUCCGGACAGACUGGACCUCGUGCUCAGUGCCCUGUGGGGUGGGACAGAGGACUCGAGACGUGAAGUGUGUGAGCAACAUCGGGGACGUGGUUGAUGAUGAGGAGUGCAACAUGAAGCUGCGGCCCAACGACAUUGAGAAUUGCGACAUGGGGCCCUGCGCGAAGAGCUGGUUCCUCACCGAGUGGGGGGAAAGGUGCUCAGCAGAGUGUGGGGCUGGAGUGCGGACACGCUCAGUGGUGUGCAUGACCAACCACGUCAGCAGCCUGCCCCUGGAGGGCUGUGGGAACAACCGGCCAGCGGAGGCCACCCCGUGUGACAAUGGGCCCUGCACGGGCAAGGUGGAGUGGUUUGCGGGGAGCUGGAGCCAGUGUUCCAUCGAGUGUGGGAGCGGGACCCAACAGAGGGAGGUGAUUUGUGUUAGGAAGAACGUAGACACCUUUGAAGUGUUGGACCCAUAUGAAUGUUCCUUCCUGGAAAGACCCCCCAGCCGGCAGUCGUGUCACCUCAAGCCUUGUGGGGCCAAAUGGUUUAGCACAGAAUGGAGCAUGUGCUCCAAGAGCUGCCAGGGUGGCUUCCGGGUCCGGGAAGUGCGCUGCCUGUCAGAUGACAUGACCCUAAGCAAUCUCUGUGACCCUCAGUUGAAACCAGAAGAGAAAGAAUCUUGUAACCCUCAGGACUGUGUCCCUGAAGUUGAUGAAAACUGCAAGGACAGGUACUACAACUGCAACGUGGUGGUCCAGGCGCGACUGUGUGUCUACAACUACUACAAGACGGCCUGCUGUGCCUCCUGCACGCGUGUGGCCAACAGGCACCCGGGCUUCCUGGGGAGCAGAUAACACGCCCGCCCCGCGGCAGUCGGGCGGUCGGGGAGUCUGUCGGCGGUGGGACUGGCUGGCCGCUGCUCCGCCAGAGGCUUCCAGGCCGCCAGCCAGCGUAGUCACCACCCCACCUUCGGCAAAGCGGACACGUCGUGCCCAGGAGCCAAGCCACGGUUGUCCUUUAGCAUCACCAUAAACUGAUGAUCCCUCCUUGGGAAACCUGGCACCUGGUAAGGUGCCAUCUGAAAACCACGCAGUGGGGGGCGGGGUGCAUGUGGCUCUCAGCCAACUCCCGUGCCAGCACUUUCUAAGUCACUGGAGGGGCGCUGCCUCGUCCAUGGUGCUACUGCCCUUUUCAAUAUCGGGGCCCCUUGGAGAGUCAGAAGAGGCAGCUCCCACCCCGGAGCCCCACCAAGCCUUGCUGAGACGCCUGCUUCCCACUCUUACCUCAGCCUGGCUGUGCCUAUUUUUAUUCUCAAAGACAUUAGGCUUUUUCCUGCCUUAUGACACAAAUAUCUCAUGUCAAUAUAGUGCUUUAUUGUUUCACAGGUGUAUUCACAGGUACUAGAUCAUUAGCGGCCCACGAAGCCCCAGAAUGGAAGCCAGGGAAUGAACCAUCAUCCCCAUUUUACUGACAAGGAAACUGAGGCUCAAUUUGUGUAACUGACCUGCCAGGUACAUUCACCCAUUCGGUGGCAGAGUUGAGUCCGACCCCUGUCAUCUGACCAUAAAAGUCACCCCAAGGCCUGCCCAGAAGCCUUAGGUCUACAGGACAUGGCUUCAUUUCAGACCAAGUGACUGAGAAAUUUCCCCGCUCAGCAAACAAAACCCAGUUUCUGAAUUCUUUCCUCUGGCCAAAGGUCAAGACUGUAUCCGCUGCACUCUGUUGUUUCCAAAGUCUGUUUCUGUUUGUCCCUUACCUGACAAAGUCACAGAUCCUCAUUACAGGACCCUGCGCAGGUUUUUGUUAAACCCCGUCCUGAACGGAAUUGUCCACGAGACAAGAAAGUCAAUGGGGUAGCAAGGUGAUGCCUGAAAUUCCGAGUGCAUUCCCCCGUGAUAUGUGCCCUCCCCCCCGCCCGCAGGGAGCUGCACACCGGGGUCCCUUUGGCCACGGAGCCCUUGUUUCCUAUCUCUGGGCUCUGGGCUUUCCUUCCUUUCGCAGUCACUGCUGGGAUGUUCACCACACAUCACCCAGUGGAGAGUCUAACCAAUGUAUCUCAGCAUAAAACCUGUGUUUAUAUUAGAAA